GUUUUCUAUGGUGGGGGGGCCAUGGAGUACGACUGCGGUAUUCAGAAGUAACCCACCACUACCCGUUUACCUGCAGACGAUUGGAGAAGCAUUGAGGUGUGGGUGUCUUCCCCAGUAAAGCCGCUGCCAAGAUGUCUAAAGACGGCUUGAAGUACCUGAGUGGAUUUGGAUCCGAGUUCGCUACUGAAGCGCUACCGGGAGCUCUGCCCGAGGGCCAAAAUAACCCGCAGGUGUGCCCUUAUGGACUGUACGCCGAACAGCUGUCAGGAACAGCAUUUACAGCCCCUCGCGAGAGCAACAAGCGAGCUUGGCUGUACAGGAUCCGACCGUGUGUUGUUCACACUCCCUUCGCUCCUAUAAAACAUCCUUAUCUCCUCAGCGAAUUCGGAAAGAGGCAUCCUAACCCUAAUCAGCUUCGAUGGAAUCCGUUCGACAUCCCGACGGAACCCACCGACUUCGUGAGUGGAAUCCGGACGGUGUGUGGAGCAGGGGAACCUCUCUCCCGACAUGGCUGCCUCAUCCACAUCUACGUCUGUAACACUUCCAUGGGGGAUACCGCCAUGUACAACAGCGAUGGAGACUUCCUUAUAGUUCCUCAGCAGGGGCCACUGGACAUCACCACGGAAUUUGGGCGUCUGCACGUCGAACCCAACGAGAUCUGCGUCAUUCAACAGGGAAUGAGAUUCAAAAUCGACGUUAACGGGCCAACUCGAGGCUACAUUCUUGAAGUGUAUGAUAACCACUUCGUUCUUCCGAAUUUGGGACCUAUCGGAGCCAACGGGUUAGCAAACCCUAGAGAUUUCCUUACACCGGUGGCAUGGUACGAGGACAGAGAGGUUAAGGAUUACAAGAUCAUCUCAAAGUAUCAGGGUCACCUGUUUGAAGCUCUGCAGAACCACUCCCCCUUCGACGUGGUGGCUUGGCACGGCAACUACGCCCCUUACAAGUACAACCUGAAGAACUUCAUGGUGAUCAACGCCACAGCCUUCGACCAUGCCGACCCUUCCAUCUUCACCGUGCUGACGUGUCCCAGCGCCAAGCCGGGGACAGCCAUUGCCGACUUCGUCAUUUUCCCUCCGCGUUGGGCUGUGCAGGACCACACCUUCCGUCCUCCCUACUACCAUAGAAACUGCAUGAGCGAAUUCAUGGGGCUGAUCUGCGGCAAUUACGAAGCUAAAGAUGAAGGCUUCCGCCCAGGAGGGGCUUCUCUGCACUCCAUGAUGACCCCGCACGGUCCAGACGUCCAGUGCUUCGAGGGCGCCUCCAAGGCGAACCUUACUCCAGUCAGGGUUGCUGAUGGGACUCAGAGCUUCAUGUUCGAGACGUCGUUAGGGCUGGCCUUGACCGACUGGGGCGAGAACACUUGCAAGAAGGUUGAUCCCGACUACUACAAGUGCUGGCAGGGUCUCAAGAAACACUUCAAUCCCAACUGGAAACCUGGCAGCAAUUAGAAAAGUACCGUUGGCACUUAUUAGAGAGCCACACGGCUUUGAUUUUUAGAGAUGACGGUAAAUAUCCCCAUCCGAUACAAUUAUCACCAGUACUGGAUGCUGAGCAGCAUGAGCAACCAAUCACGCAUAGAGUCCGUGAUAUCAGAUG